UAUGAGUAAUUUUAAAAGAAAUGAUAAUUCUAAAAAAGAAGAUCCAUAUAAAGCUUAUUUUGGCCAUCCUGAAUUAGAUGCACUUUUAGGUAAUACUCUUUUGAAAGGUUAAAUCAUUUUUAUUGAAUAAGAUGCACCAACAACUAUUUAUAAAUAAUUCUUAAGAUAUUGUAUUGGCAAUUCUUAUCAUAAAAAUCAUAUAUCAAUUAUCUUUGAUCAAUUUUCUGAAUAAUGGUCUAAAAUAAUCCCUAAAAAGUAGGUUGAAAAUUCUUAAAAUUAAGAUGAAAAAGAAUUAUAACACAAAAUUGCUUGGAGAUAUAAUCAAAUGUAAUAGUAAUUUGCCAUUAAAAAUAUUGAUUCAUCUAUAUUUUAUUUAGAUUUAUCAAAAUCAGAAACAGAAUAGGCUGUUGAAAAUCAUUUAAAACUAAAUAAUUAUGAAGAAAUAAACAACUUAUAAUAAUUCUUAUAAAAUAUUACUAAAUAAUAUGAAAAAUCAUUAAAAACAAGUACAGAUUCAAAUCUUAAAAAAUUAAUUAUUCAUGAUUUUUGGGAUAAAAUACCUUAUAAUCAAUAAGAUCUGAAUUAAUUUUUAUAUUCUUUGAAAGUUUUAGUUCGUUCCUCAUUUAUGUUGUGUAUAAUUACUCUUCCAGAAAGAAGAAUGGAUUUGAUGUAAUUUUGUGAUUUUUAUAUUACAAUUACUUAACUUUUUGGAAAUAAAGAAUUUUCAGAUUUCUAAGGAAUGAUUAAAUUUGAUAAAAUUGGAUGGGGUGGUUCACUUAAAUAAGUAUAAUUAGAUAAUGAUAAAUGGGGAAUAAAAUUGACAUAAAAAUAAUUAAAAAUAGAAUAAUUAUAUGAAACUGCUAUAGAAGAUGAUUCAGAAGAAGAAAUAAAAAAUAAAAAUAAAAUUGAACAAUUUUGA